AUUAAUAUUGUCAUUGUUUUUUCAAAACAUCGUUUUAUUGCACUUUUUUAUCUAAAAAUUAAAUAUAGUAAGGCAAAGUAUACCUAACCAGAAAAAUGUUCGUACUGGUGUUGGUGCUUCUACUUUCACGGGGACUUCUGGGCGAGUCUGAUGUAACGGAAUUUGGCGGAGAUACGCGAAUCGUAGGGGGUCAAGAUGCUCCAGAGAACUUCGCGGUUUACCAAGUCUCCAUGCGUAGGCAGCACAAGAAUAAGGAACAUCACUGGUGUGGCGGCUCUAUCAUACACGAAGAAUGGGUCUUGACAGCGAGUCACUGCACAUAUGGUGUUAAUCCCAAAGAACUGUCCAUAGUGGUUGGAUCAACCCAACUCCAAUCAGGUGGCGAUCGCUACAAAAUAAAGAAAAUUAUCAAUCACGAGAAAUACCAAAAAAAAGAUUUAAGAAAUGACAUAGCUCUAAUAAGAAUCGACGGUAAAAUCAAAAUGAAGCAGAAUGUUCAAGCAAUCAAAUUGUCGAAAGAACCUGUGCCGGCUGGAAUAGCUUGUGCUCUGACAGGAUGGGGGAAUACUGACAAUAAUGGAACUGUGCCGAACAAGCUUCAAGUUCUUGUCUUCGUCAGUAUUAGUAACAAACAGUGUAACAAGCGGUUAAGAGGUGCCAAGUUCUUACCAAUCGAUGACAAACAGUUCUGCGUGAGAGCUCCAGAUAAGAAGGGUGGAUGUAAUGGUGAUUCAGGAGGUCCUCUAGUCGCUUCCGAUGAAAAGAAAGGCCUUGUUCAAGUUGGAGUCGUGUCGUGGGGAGUUCCGUGCGCUAAAAAUUAUCCGGACGUUUUUGCGUCAGUUUCUGGUUAUUAUGACUGGAUUGAGACAAAUAUGAAGGAUUAAAUUCUCAGUUUCGCGAAUUAUUAAAUAUAUGUAAAGCAUUAUGCACACUACAAUGUGAUGUAAAAAUAUACAUUUUUAUUUCAAACGACACGAUGUUAUCUUUUCACUAAGGCAGCAUUGAACUCUAUGAUCUAGUCUAAUAAAAUAUAAAAUACAGUUUCCAUUAUGGGCAAGACACUUUGUUGUUGUGUUUUUUCAAAUAACACAAUGCACCGAAGAAACAAAAUAAAAUAUGGUCGUCUAAGAUUUAUGAAGAAGUUGUUAUCGUACACAAAA